AUGGAUCCUUUCCAUGACAAGGCGGGCAACGAUCGGAGGGCUUCCCUCAGGAUGUCGGCAAGCGCCUCGCUGACGGCCAACGACGAUGAUGACUAUGCCUUGGCAGCAAUGGGCAUAUCUGAUGGUUUUCGCCCAGUCGAUCUGUCUGCUGCUCAUCAGCCUAUCGCCUCGACCACAUUUCCUUCGACUGGCUCGGCGGUUGUGUCGCGAGACUCCCCCGUUCCUCAGCGUGCUACACCCGCCCGACCGUCUAGCAUCGCAAAACCUCCACACUCACACGACCCACUGGCUCUCCGUCACGACGGUUCAGAAUCAAGCGGCGCGCCUAUGUCCCGUAUAUCCAGCACCUCCACCGACUCACCCAUCAUUCGAUCCGAGAGCCCCUACGAAGGUCCGUCCGGUCCGUCCCAUCCGUACCAAAUGUACCCACAACGGACAAACAGCGUGGCAACGUCAACAACUGCUCGCAUGUCGGAACGCUCCUACGCAGGGCCACGUGGGCCAACCCAUCCGUAUGCACUUUACACGCAGAACACCGUACCUGUCGAUACAGCCGAGAGCGACAAUAUCCCCGUAGGAUUUGCGGGCCGUUCCGACGGCUACCAUCGACGGAUCGGUCCCGAAGGAGAGGAAAUUGCCGACUUGAUCGGCCCUUUGGGGCACACGGAAGAACUUCCACCAUACACCAGAUAUCCCGAGCAAGCGUACGCAAGGAAACAACAGGACGCGCCCCAAUUGAUAUCAGGGCAGCAGUCACAUCAAGACCAGCAGCGACAAGGACAGCCGUCACCGUCGUCACCGCAGCAGCAAUCGCAACAACCUGCAGUUGCUGUCAUGACUGCCACAGUUGCCCCUAUUCCUGGUGCUGGUGGUCUUGGACUUGCUACUCGAAACCCAGAGUUUGAAUCCCGAGAGGAUCUCCGCCUCCAACCGUCCCGCAUGUCAUCUCGGACACUUGCCUCCGAUACUGCCAGCCAGCACGAAAUAAACACCGCCGCCGAGGUUUAUGCCGAGAAGGGAGAAGUUCAGUCCGACCGUAAGUGGCAAAAAAGGGCAAAGAAGCGCUUGUUUGGUGUGAUACCUUACUGGGCCAUCUGCUUGUUGGCAGUUGGACUGGUGAUGAUGGGCAUCAUAUUGGGCGCUGUCAUUGGUACCUUCUUCGCCAAACACAAGAAACCACCCGGAAAACAUCAAGACGACGAGCCCAUCCCGCUCGUCAUUCCUACGGCUACCGUGGACAUCAAACCACUGGCUACAUUGCCACCAGACCUUCCUGCGAUGGAAGUCGGCACAUUUGGCUUGCCGCCUCUUAUUGCAAGCCAGGCGCCAAGUACCUGUUUUAACGACACCACACAGUCACAAGCCUGGACAUGCAAUAUCCCAUUUACAAGCUAUGUCAUGGGCGUUUCCAGAAUUGCCAACGAACUGCCCAUAUCCGAUUACACCCUAAAACUUACUACUUUUAACGAUAGCGACCACGACGAGAACUUUCGAUUCAACAUGUUCUCUUGGGGCACUCAGCCACCUUUGAUCAUGGAUCCCUUGAAGAUGCGUCUUGUCAACGAUACUUCGGAACCGGGCCGUGGCGCCGCAUGGUUUGCUCAGAUGACGUAUAACAAGACAGUCAUUGUGGCUGAGGAUAGGUUUCCCGGCGUCAGCACCCCAAAGAAGCAACAGCCACAGUCGAAGAGAGGAUGGGGUGGCCCAUCAUCUCAAAUGGGAGAAUUUAGCAGAAAAGGUGUGAAGGGAGCACAGGCUGGUGACAGACCUUGGAUUUGCACAUGGCCUGGGACCCUUCUCGAAGUGUUUGUGUACCCGGCGCAGAACAACAGCUAUCGGAAACCUACUUCGACCAUGCGGCCCACCGCGGCUGCAACAUUUCCACCAUCGACCUCGACGCAGUUCUUGGUUCGUCAUGGCUUGCAGACCGAGGCCCCUCGGCCAAGUUCCAUGCCCAGUGAUCGGCCACAUCGCGCACCACCACCGCCAUACCCUCAAGUCAUCAAGUUCGAAGAGCGACGUGUAUCUCUUGAUCAAACAAAGAACGCCGUCUGUCAACAAGUCGAAGUUUGCGACGACGGCGAGAACACUGUUCCUGUCUUGACUGACGAGGGCCAGCCGGUUGAGGUUUUCAUCAUGGAAAACCGACAAACUGUGGCGAUAGCUGACUCGACGAAGCGUUGGAUACACGAAGACAGUCUACUGGUCUCUCCCCGAGACCGACCAGCGAGAACGAGUCAAUUGAGCGACUGCGGGUGCAUAUGGUGGUUCACAUGA